UGGUGUAACCGGACGCUUCAGGAGUUGCCAUCAUCACAUGGCAGAUGGAAAUUUCCACUCAGUCUCCUUGCUUGUUAAAUGGGAAGGGUCUCCAACUCUUGUUUCCACUAGUGCGCCUCCUCCUCCGCCUGCUGCAGCUGUCCGCCGCUCUGUCACAGUAGGUAACGAGAGCUAACUGAGGUUGUGGAAAAACCGUCUGGCAUCCUUGUGAAUUUUGAAAUUCCUGAAAACCCUAUUUCUCCGCCACUCAUUCUGCUGUUAGCGCCGCCAUGCCGGGAGUUGUGGAUCGCAUGGAACUAAGGAAAGUCUCCACGGAGGCCGAUGACGACAGCACCGACAGCCUGGACUACCGCGACUCGGAGCCCAUUGACUCCGAAAAGGCCACCAUCAACAGCAGCCAGUUUUUAGAUGAUAUUGGCGAUGGAGAAAGCCAGAAGUUCCUGUCAAAUGGGAUGAUGAAGAAGAAGAAGUAUGAAGAAUACCAUGAAGAAUACCAUCCCGGCCACGCCUCCUUCGGCAUGUCCGUCUUCAACUUGAGCAACGCCAUCAUGGGCAGCGGCAUCCUGGGCCUGUCCUUUGCCAUGGCCAACACUGGCAUUGUUCUCUUUACGGUCCUCCUUGUCGGUGUGGCCAUUCUUUCCUUAUACUCUGUACAUCUCCUCCUUAUGACGGCUAAAGAAGGAGGAUCCCUCAUCUACGAGAAGCUGGGAGAGAGAGCAUUCGGUUGGCCGGGGAAGAUGGCUGCAUUCGGAUCGAUAAUCAUGCAAAACAUCGGAGCCAUGUCCAGCUACCUCUUUAUCGUCAAAUACGAGUUGCCAGAAGUUAUUCGAGCCUUCCUGGGCUUAGAAGAAAAUUCUGGUGAAUGGUACAUGAACGGAAACUACCUGGUGGUGUUUGUGUCGAUCGGAAUCAUCCUACCUUUGUCUCUUCUCAAAAAUCUAGGUUACCUGGGCUACACCAGCGGGUUUUCACUAUCUUGCAUGGUGUUCUUCCUAGGCGUGAUGAUUUACAAGAAGACCCAGCUGCCCUGUCCUCUUCCUUUCUUCUACUCGUCCAACCACAGUAUCAGUAUGAACGCCUCGGACAUGCCGGGGCCGCUACAGAACGGUUUGGAGCACAUGGUGUCCCCGGCGGUCCCCGGCGGCCACGACGCCCAUCACUCCACGGCUUUCCACAUGGAGCCUCACCCCGACGCCGAGGAGAUGUGCACGCCCAAAUACUUUGUCUUCAACUCUCAGACUGCAUACACUGUGCCAAUCUUGGCCUUCGCCUUUGUGUGCCACCCUGAGGUGCUGCCUAUCUACAGUGAACUGAAAGAUCGCAGCCGGAAAAAGAUGCAGAACGUCUCCAACCUGUCCAUUUUGGCCAUGCUCAUCAUGUACAUGCUGUCGGCACUAUUUGGUUACCUUACAUUUUAUGACAAUGUGGAGGCAGAGCUGCUGCACACCUUCACCAAAGUGUAUAAGUUUGACACCCUGCUGUUGAUGGUGCGUUUGGCCGUCCUCACUGCCGUCACUCUGACCGUCCCCAUCGUUCUUUUCCCCAUCCGCUCCUCCAUCACCACGCUGCUGUUCAGCGGUCGAGAGUUCAGCUGGACUCGCCACAUGCUGAUCGCCGCCGCAAUCCUGGCCUUCAACAACAUGCUGGUCAUCUUCGUCCCCACCAUCAGGGACAUCUUCGGCUUCAUCGGCUCUUCUGCAGCCACCAUGCUCAUCUUCAUCCUGCCCGCCGCCUUUUACCUCCGCCUGGUAAAAUCAGUACCGCUUCGCUCCCCGCAGAAGAUUGGGGCGAGCAUAUUCCUGGUCGUGGGAGUCAUUUUCAUGACUGGCAGCUUGUCGCUCAUCGUCCUCGACUGGGUCCACAACCCCCCCGGUUCUGGCAGCGGCCACUAAACCCCUCUUCUGCCUGAAGAGCGCAGCCCCCCCACCCAUUCACCCCCACUACACCGCAUUGCCUCUGGUUUGCCUUUACUUCAUCAAAACGUGACCAUCGUAAAUCCUCAGUUGUGUGGACACAAUGUUCCUUUUCUUUUUGCUUUUUUUUUUUUUUUUUGGGAUGUGAGAAUCAAAACCCAGAAAGUUGGCAAUAGUCUUUGGUUUAACAUGUCAACCAAGACAACCUGAAGUCAUCAUCAUCAUCAUCGCCAUCAUCAGAAGUGAACUGUGAUUUACAGGGCUCAGUCCUCUGUGCACUUAAAGGAGACGUUCAAAGGUGGAGCGCGUCGUUAUCAAUAUUUUUAGCAUUUAGUUUCCCACCCACACAUACAUUCAUAUACGCACUCAUCUUCUCCAGCAUUUUCAAGCCGCGACCCAUGAAAUUUACCCAAAUUGUGGUUUCAUUUGCUGCACAGCUACACGUUAACAAUCAGUGGCUUCAACCAAAGUCUGCGCGCACAUACACAUUUGGUUUAUUAUAUUUAGCAGGUUCGUGCCAGAACCUCCCAGCCCCACGAUCUCAACGCUCUUUCGCCGGAUGUUCUCAUCCCAGUUGUGCGCACGAAGCCAGGAGAUGCUUUUAGUAUUACUGUUACGGGAAUGAUCUGAAACUGUAAGGUAUUAAUGUACAUAAUUCAGUGCAUCUAAUGAAAGAAAAAAAAAUCAGAUAUGUACGUAAUAUGUCACUCUUAGGGCUCUUGACCAUUCAGGUUGUAUGAAGUUGUGUACACCUGCUGGGAUAAUUUAUCAGGCACUUAAUAUACGACUUCACACAUAGAUAUAUGGAAUCAUAGUUUGUGUUAUAAAUAAUUGGCAAAAAUAUGUAUAAAAGCAGUUUGGACAAUUCAUAAAAUAGUUUAUUUAAAACAUGUAUGUAUGUUCAAGCUGUGCCAAUCGUUCUUCAUCGCUGCCAAAUAGGAACGCUCACUCUCUUCCAAGUGUUAUUGAAAUAACCUGAUUAUGUGUUAAAAGAGAAUAGCUUGAUAUUUGGGGAAAUGAGUAUUUAAGGUGAGGACCGACUGCUACCUCUUGUGGCUGUAUUGUAAAUAUGUUGCUAAUGGAGCAGCAAGCUAACUCACCUUAAAAACAUGCUCAGUCUAUACCAGCAAGAUGUUUUUGUUAAAGAGUGUUCCCUUCUGGAUUUUACUUUUGGGCCAAGCCUGGCUCACUGCGAUCAUUGUUGUUUUAUGAUCCUAGCUAGCCUUAUCCAGGCGCUAGCUUCAUUUGUAGCACCAAUGGAGAGGUAUCAAAAUUCUCAUGUGAAUCUAGGCCAUAAACUUAAUAUCAGCCCCAAAUAAUGUAAAACUUCCAUAAUAAAGUGCUGAUUUAGAAGAUGUGGAGUGGCAAAUAUCACACAAGCAUUAUGACACUUGUUCUAACAAAAUUAAUAAUGCCAGGAUUACUGUGCAGAGCAUGUGGCCCAUUUUAUUCAGCCCAAGUAUGUUUCAGGAUUUGAUGAUCAAAUUGAAUAUAUUUUUAAAAAAUUAUUUUAUAUUUUUAAACUAUUUUUAAUGUUCCAAAUUUAAGACUUUGGGCACUUCCUCAGUUUUGUGACAACAAUAAGAGCACUCGCUUUAGAUCACGCAUUUACCCGAAUCAGAAUCACAAAUUUUACUUUUUAAUUUUGCCUUUUGGAAUUGUUUCAAUUGUUUCGACUGGCUUCCGGUGCAGGUGCCUUUAUUCGAAUAGUCGAUGAUGACGUCAAAACCUCAGAUUUGUCUCGUUUCACCUUUUCUCCCAUGCCGUUUCGUGUUACGAACACAUCCAGCCAAAGUGGACAACACUUAUAGAUCCUUUGUGGAUCUAUGUACAUGAAACAAAUAGAUAUUUCAAAUGAAAUAGUGUAUUAUGUGCAUGUUUUUGGACUACAAACAUGGUCUUUUUGGACAAAAUGUAAAUGCUCUGUAAAUAAUCUUUAUUUUAUGGUACACUGACACUCAUUGCCUGUGAGUGGGUUGUUAGAGGAUUCUACCUGUCUUCUGCAAUCCAGUGGUUGUUUAGGUAUAUAUAAAUAUAUAUAACGUGUUUUAGGUCUUUUUUUUUUCUCUUGCUGUAUGACAGUAGUUAUUUGAUGCUUGUAUAUUUGUAGAAAUUUUGUUCCCUAUAUAUCAGUUUUCAUUUUUUUAACGUUAUAAGGUGUAUUAAAUCAAUAGCCAACUUCUUAACACGAUUUUCCCGGAAGUCUCAGGAAAUAAGGCAACGAGUUUCUGAAACAUCCUUGCUCCUACUGACUAAGACUGGGUUGAAAAUCUAAGACAGAAGUACAGUGUUGUGAAAAGUAUUUUAUCACCACACUGCGAGAAGGUUCUUAACCGGAUAGAUCAUCUCAAUCAUAUGUAUAGGACUCUUGACUAUGCUAACAUAUGCUAACGUGUAACAGCAUACCUUUACCACAGGAUAACAAACCUUCCGUGUUAGCUAGAUCUGAAGCUAUACCAGAACAAUGUAUGCCUACCUACCUAAAGCCCAGUUUUGGUAAGAUUGUUUUAUUUCGUUGACAUUACUUGAACUGAAGCUUCCCACGGCCUGAUAAAGUCAGAAAGCUUCAUGACCUAAGGGUCCACGCGGCCCGUUCAGUACUCACCUUGAAUGUUAAAAGAAUGGAUUGUUCUCAGUUUCAAAACCUGUCCUUCUCUCAAUUCAAUUCAACAAAUUUACCAUUCUCCUGCUGUAGGCUAUCCACGUAAGAGCCUCACCUCUUCCUCAGCUUGGGUUUCAUGUAUUAACAAGGCUCAUUUUACAAAGAAAGAGGCGGCAGGUUUUUUUUAUUUUUUAUCUGAAUGCACCCUACACUACACCUCAACCCCUUUUAGCAUCUCAGGUAUUCUGGUCUGGAUGAAUUUUUAUUUCUUAUCACUUUUGGAUAGCUUCUUAUCUCUUCACCACUUUUGCAUGUUUGAGCCCAGCUGUACAAUGCUGUUGUAUGUGGCGCUGGCCUAGGUGAGAAACCUUCGUGUGGAUUUGUACUGUAGACAAGUCCCCAGCCUAUGCUGGCAGUGUUUAGAAAGAAAGUGUACAGAGCCACCUGCCUUAUUUUUCUACGGACCGUUUGCUGUGGAGAAGCACUAGCUCAAUGUUUCUGUUGUUCAGCAUCUCACGCUGAACAUUCAGAUAUGUAAUUUAACCCAAACAAAGGGGAUGUUUUUUUUUUUUUUUAUCAGUGAUGCUGUUUCAUUACGAUGAACAAUAAAAAUGUGAAAUUAAA